UCUUGAAAUAAAUUUUAUUUAUAUAGUUAUUGAGUAUUUUUUUAUGUAAAUUGGCUAGAAAUGGGUGAUGCUAAAGUGCAGUUCAACAUGCCUGAUGACGGACAGCAAGGUGUUCGUUACAUAAGAACCGGGGCCUAUAAGGGAAAGACCUUAGCAAUUUUUACCUCUGGGGGUGAUUCACAGGGUAUGAAUUCGGCUUUAAGAGCUUCUGUUCGAAUGUGUAUAUUUUUGGGUGUAAAAGUAUAUUUUAUAAGAGAAGGCUACCAAGGUAUGAUCGAUGGUGGUAAAUGUAUAGAAGAAGCGACGUGGACUUCUGUAAGUUCUAUUAUCCAUAGAGGAGGUACUGUUAUUGGCUCAGCCCGUUGUAUGGAAUUCAAGGUUAGAGAAGGGCGUUUGAAAGCUGCCCAGAAUUUAGUGAACUUGGGUAUUACUAACCUUAUUUGCAUUGGUGGUGACGGUAGUUUGACUGGAGCAGACACAUUCCGUCAAGAAUGGAAAUCAUUGUUAGAAGAAUUGGUUGCAAAUGGACGUAUUACCAAAGAACAAAUGAAUCGAUAUCCGGUGUUGAAAAUUGCUGGACUUGUUGGAUCAAUUGAUAAUGAUUUUUAUGGUACUGAUAUGACCAUUGGUACGGAUAGUGCCUUACACAGAAUUAUUGAAGCCGUUGAUUGUAUUUUUAGUACAGCUAAUUCUCAUAAACGUACCUUUAUUAUGGAAGUUAUGGGUCGUCAUUGUGGAUAUUUGGCUCUUGUAACUGCACUCGCAACUGAGGCGGAUUAUGUGUUUGUACCAGAAAGUCCAGAGGAUGAGAACAUUUGGAAAGAUAAAAUGUGUGAGAAAUGUCAACAGGCUCGACAUCUAGGUGCUCGUAUGAACGUUAUUAUAAUUGCUGAAGGUGCAAUUGAUACAACUGGAAAAGUAAUUACAGCUGAGGAAGUCAAAGAAGUAUUAGAGACUAGAAUCAAACAAGAUACACGUGUAACUGUUCUUGGACAUGUUCAACGAGGUGGUUAUACCAGUGCAUUUGAUCGAAUUGUCGCAUGUAGAAUGGGAGCAGAAGCUGUAUUAGCUUUAAUGGAAUCUGCAGAUGAUGCUGAAUCACUUGUUAUUGGUAUCCAAGGAAAUCAAAUUGUUCGUGUAAAUUUGAUGGAAUGCGUUAAAAAGACUCAACUUAUUGCAAAAGCCACAGCAGAAAAGAAUUUCGCAAAAGCUUUAGAAUUACGAGGAUUCUCAUUUGAACGUAACUUGAAUACAUAUAGAACAUUAUCACAAAUAAAACCUCCUCCACCAGCUGCCGAUGCAUUUGUUUUUGCUGUGAUGCACAUUGGAGCCCCGGCUUGUGGUAUGAAUGCUGCUGUACGAUCAUUUGUUCGAAAUGGUAUUCUUUUAGGAGGUACAGUUUAUGGUAUCCAUGAUGGAAUUGAUGGACUUAUUGCUGGAAAUAUUAAAAAAUUAGAUUGGGGUGAUGUAAUUGGAUGGGUGCCUCAAGGUGGUGCUAAUUUGGGAACAAAACGAACGUUACCUGGUCAUCGUCUCAAAGAAAUUGCUGCUCGUUUAUCUGAAUUUAAAAUUCAAGGCUUAUUUAUAAUUGGUGGUUUUGAGGCUUACGAAGCAGGCUUACAAUUAGCCGAAGCACGUUAUCAAUAUCCACAAUUUUGUAUCCCAAUAUGUAUAGCACCAAGUACAAUUAGUAACAAUGUACCGGGUACCGAUCUCAGUUUAGGAUCAGAUACCGCAUUAAAUGAAAUUACCAAAUUAUGUGAUCAAAUUCGUCAAUCGGCACAAGGUACCAAACGACGUGUAUUUAUUAUUGAAACAAUGGGUGGUUAUUGUGGUUAUUUAGCAACAUUAGCCGGCUUAGCUGGUGGUUCAGAUGCUGCUUAUAUUUACGAAGAGAAAUUUUCGAUCAAAGAUUUACAACAAGAUUUAUAUCAUAUGGCUGGUAAAAUGUCUGAAGGUGUACAGCGUGGUUUAAUUUUACGUAAUGAGAAAGCUAGUGAAUUUUAUAAUACGGAAUUUAUUUAUCGUUUGUAUUCAGAAGAAGGAAAAGGAUUAUUCAGUGCUCGAAUGAAUGUACCUGGUCAUAUGCAACAAGGAGGUGCUCCUACACCAUUUGAUAGAAAUAUGGGAACGAAAUUUGGCGCCAAAUCAAUCGAUUGGAUGUACAAAAUGUUUAAAGCAAAUUAUAAAGGUGGUGUUGUUACUUGUGACUUUGCCGAAUCGGCUGUACUUCUUGGUGUUUUAAAACGUCAAUAUAUGUUUACACCACUUGAAAACCUAAGAAAUGAAACGAACUUUGUGAAUCGUACUGCAAAACAUGCUUGGUGGCUUCGAUUACGACCAUUAUUACGUAUUUUAGCUAAACACGUAUCCGCCUAUGAAGAUGAAAAUCUGUAUUUGACAUAUACAACCGGUGCAGGAGGAUCCGUUGCCAGCGAAGGGGUAAAUGUUGAAUCAAUACUUUAAUUGAAAUUUAGUUCAAUUUGAAUAAUUUUCCUCUAGGAAGAUAA